CCUAUCGAUCGUAAUGAACACGUCAUAUAAUGGACGCCAUGGUUUAUGCAUCCGCCAGGAGAUAAUCAGCUAUUGUGUUUUCAUGGAGAAAAAACCUAAUUCCUUGUGGAAGUCUCCUGUGUAUUUCGUGCAGAGAAAUAAUAGAAAUAGUUGUUAAACGCAUGGUAGUCAUUGAGCAUUCUUGCGUGAGGUGCGAAGUGUGUUAAGUGAAGAACGAGUGUGCACGUAAGUGUGUACGAGCUGCGUAAAGGUUUAUAACAUCAAGGACUUAUGUUUGUAAAACGAACUUUUUUAAUGAAAUCAAUGACGAAAAAGAUGGUUUUGAGUAUGUUUUGUGGUGCUGACGUUGCUAUUAAGAAUAAUAUUCACGACGAACUUUCCUAGGCAUAGCCUUCGCGUUUUAAAAAAGACUGCAUAGAGACGUCAAACGAGUAUGAUGUGUUAUUAUCUGAAAUACAGAAAAACUCGAAGACUCCUCGCCUUCUCAUAUUAAAUAGGCUAAAAAAAAAAGGUUUAAAGGCACCAGAACUGCAUUGGCUCUCUCUUCAUACAAGAAAACCCGAAAAAUCCAGAAAUACAAAGCCUGGAUGACGGGACAAGUGACAACAUACUUUUGAGCAAUAGUGAAAGUGAUCAAAUAAAAAGUGAAAAUAUGGACAAUAAUACAGAUGGAGACAACUUAAAUCUGAGCUGCGGGGAAAAUGAUAUAGUGGAUGAAUUAAAAAUUGCUGCAGAUGAAACUUAUGAUACACGUAGUGAAGUUUCAUCUAGUAGUUCAAAUUCUGAUUCUAGUCAACCAAGCAUAAGCUCUGUUUCAACAAAAUCUUCACGUGGAGAUAAUAAACGUAAUCGAAAAAAUAGGGGGAAGCGUGCUAGAUCCAGAGAUUCUAAAUCUUCUAGCCCUGAAACAAAACGUGCAAGAUCUAAGGAGAGCAAAGGAGUUACUAAGAGCUAUGAUUAUGCAACAAAAUUAAAUUACUUGUUUAGAGAUGCAAGAUUUUUCAUCAUCAAAUCAAAUAAUGCUGAAAAUGUCACACUAUCAAAGGCUAAAGGAGUAUGGAGUACAUUACCCCAAAAUGAAGCCAAUUUAAAUCAAGCUUAUAGAGAAUCCAGAAAUGUUCUGCUUGUUUUUUCUGUGAAAGAAUCAGGGAAGUUUGCUGGGUUUGCAAGACUGAGUACAGAAUCUAGAAGAGAUGGAGCACCAAUUUCUUGGGUACUACCACCUGGAUUGUCUGCAAAAGCUUUGGGUGGUGUAUUUAAAGUUGAUUGGAUAUGUAGGAAAGAAUUACCAUUUACAGCAACACUACAUUUAUAUAAUCCAUGGAAUGAUGGUAAACAGGUGAAAAUCGGACGUGAUGGGCAGGAAAUCGAACCAAGAGUUGCAGAAGAAUUAUGCCGAUUAUUUCCAGAAGAUGAAGGAAUUGAAAUGACCCCUAUUUUGAGAAAAUCUAAGGAAGCAGCAAAACAUAUUAUGAAAUCUCGUUCAUAUCGGGAUAAUAGACCUGUUAAUAGCAGCCCUAGAUUUUUGCGCUCAAGGGGAGGCAGAGGACGUAGACUUUUCUUAACUUCACGAUCUCGUUUAGCUUCAUUAGCUAGAGGAUCCCAUUUAGUUGGUACUGAACAUAGAGGAUCAAGAGAUCAUCAUCAUCAUCGGUAUGCUACUUGGUUCAAUCGAAGUGAUUCUCCUUAUUCCAAGGGAUACGGUAGCACAGGAUUGGGUGUAGCUGCUGCAGCUGAAGCAUAUGUUGCAGAUUAUAUGCGUACUAUGCAACAUCAGCUGCCUCCUCUACCUCCUUAUGCUGCACCUCAUCCAUAUGAUUCUUUACCUCCGCCGCCGCCACCACCUAGGUAUUACGAUGGUUUACCAUUACCACCUGAUUACAGUGCAGCGGCAUCCGCACUUGAAAAACGUAGUUACGAAAGGAGUGUAGACGAAUUCUUGUGGAGAACAGCAAGUCGUCAUAGCCGACACAGUGACCAUCGAUCCUCUCGUGAUCAUCAUCAUAGAUAUAGGGACCGUAGAUAAGAAAUUUUGAAUAUUAUCUUUAUUCACCUAUUCUGUCAUUUCUUCAUUCAUGCACAUAUAGUAAGGGUUUUUAAGGUACCGUAACACUUAUAAUCAUGGCAAUAGUAAAUGUUUAAUUAUCAUGUGAUUAUUCGUACUAAUAAUUCAGAAAGAAGUAAUUUAAAGUUUUAAUUGUAUAGAUAAACAUAUUUACAUAUUUGAGUAAUACUUUGUUUUUAACAGAAUUGAAAUAUCAUUUUAGAUGAAAUAAUACGAAAUUGUAAAAAUAAUUUAAUCAAUUUUUUCUUUCACAUAAUAUAUAAUAAAAAAGCUGUAAAACUGAUUCACAAUUUACCAGCUCUUGUGUUAUAUGCAUUUAGUAUCAAUGAAACAUAAGUUUUUUGAUUAAUAGUCUACUUAACUUAGUUUCUAAUUUUUACUACUUAUUUUCUAAUCUUUUCAUUAUAUUCAAUUUAAACAUAUAUAUACGUAUAUUUUUGUAAUUUUUACAUAUGUUGAUAUAUUUGAGCUUUUUUACAAAUAAAGAUAUUGAAUUGUGAAUCAACUAAAUCAUGAUAAACAACUGCUUUUGCAUUAUCUAAUAUGCGAAUUUCUAUAAUCGAAUUGUAUCAUUUUAAUAUAGACCACUGCCGUCGAUAAAAAUUUACUUUUCCAGCACUCUAAAACGAUUAAAACGAAUAAACUACUUAAUACGAACUACAAUCUUUUCACAAACUAAAAUUUAUGAAGAUAAUCAAUAGCAGAAAAAAAUAUUUUGGUCAUAAUUAGCAAUAUGUAUCACUCAUAAAUUGCAUGUAAUUAUCGCUAUUAAGUACAGAAACAGCCUAACAUUAUGAAUAUAAACUGAUUUAUAUAGUAUGUUUUUGACGUUAUUUCGUAGUAAAGAUUUUAAAAAAAUUAA